AUGUCAAAUUGCGUAGGCUUUCAAGAAGGUGAUUUUCUACAACCUCCAAGUUAAAAUUCGUACUCUGUUCCUGUUGAACUUUCUCCUAAUAAUCCAAUUAAAAAUUAAAUAAAAAAGACAUUGAUUACUGGAACUGGCAGGUAGAGCGUGUUUGAAGAAGAAUCUUCAAAUCAUGGUAAACCUGAAUUUUUAAGAUUAAUUAUUGCAAAAAGCUUAUAAAAUAACUUUAUUAAUAAUCUAUGGAAUAAGUCAUACUUACGAAAAUUACAUUAAUUGACGGAGUAUCAAAUAAAAACAAUAGACGAUUUAAGAUUUAGCAGUUCCUCUGCUGAGUCAGCUUAUGACAGCUUGGAUGUAUUUACACCUUAUAGCAAAUUCAUAUUCUUUUGGGAUAUUUCGUAGAUAGUGUUAUAUUUAUUUAUAUUUUUUUGGUUGCCUUUUAAAUUAUCAUUCGGAAUGAAUGAGAUUUGUGAGUUUUGGAAUGAUAAAAAUAAACACGAUUUGGAAAUCAUCAUCCUUAGCAUCUUGUCAUGCGAUGUUUUGGUUGGAAUGAAUAUGGCCUUUAUUCACAAAGGAUAAAUCAUCAAAAAUAGAAAGAGGAUUUUAUAAAAUUAUAUUAGAUAUAUUAUUUUAUUUAUUAUCUUGGUCUCAUUAGCAGUAUUGACCUUCCAUUUCUUUCUUCAUGACAAUUCAAAAUAAGCAACCACCCUGUUAAUUAUAUUUGCAGUUGUAUUUUACAUCUUAAGACUCAACAAAAUAGAAAAGAUACUCGCCCUAAUAUAGGAAUUCUUCAAUUUGAAUGGUAAAUUAAAUGAUCUACUUGCAUUAGUUUAGAUGAUUACAAUCAUUAUUUAUAUAAUCCACAUUUGCGCAUGUGUUUGGCAUGGCAUAGCUAAUAUUAAUUGUCAUCCCAAUUGGAUAGAUUCCUAUGAAUUGAGAGAUACUGAUAUUUAUGUUAGGUACAAUGUAGCUGUCUAUUGGGCAACCAUGACAAUGACUACAGUAGGAUAUGGUGAUGUUACUGCAAAAAACAACAUUGAAACUGCUGUUAAUAAUGUCACUAUGUUAAUUGGUAGUAUUGUUUUCGCAUAUUCAGUUAAUAGUAUAGGAAUAUUUGUAUCUAAUCUAUAUAAGAGUAGAUAAGAGUACAAUCACACUGUAAACUUAAUCAAUACAUUUAUGUCUAAAAACAAUAUCUAAUUUGAUCUUUAGACAAGAAUUCGAAGUUAUUUGCAAUAUAUAUGGCAAGAAGAGUAGUAGAUGAACGAAGAACAAGUGGGUUCUAUUGUUUAAAAGUUAAGUAGUCAUCUUCAAGAUGAGCUAAAUUUUCAAUUAAAGGGCAACAUAUUAAAUUAAUGUAAAAUAAUAACCAAGACUUUUUCACUUAAAUUCAAGCAACAUCUCUUAUUGGUGAUGGAAGAACAAAGCUUUUCUCCUGAAGAAAGAAUAAUAACGUUGAAUUAACAGGAUGAUAAUUCUUUGUAUAUAAUAACAAAAGGGGAAGUGGAGAUAGUAUUUGAAGGAACCAAUCAAAAUGGAGAUGUGCUACAAAGAAACAGUUUGUAAUGGUUGAAGGCAGGAGACUACUUCGGUGAGAUAUCAUUCAUAACAGGCAAAUUGAGAAGUGCAUCUGCAAUUGCAAGAGGGUUUGUGAGAGUGUUUAAAAUCAAAAGGGAAUAGUUAUUAAAGCUCUUAACCUUAUUUCCUAAUGAGUAUGAGAAGUUUUGCUGUUUGAAAGACUAAUUGAUGAUGAAAUAAGCAGUAGCAUCAGCCAUAUCAUGUUAUAGUUGCAAGAGUGAUUAGCAUCUGAUAAAUGAGUGUCACUUCCAUCAUUAUUGUGCAGACAUGGAAUCCCUGAUAAAGAAGGAGUAAUUCCCAGUUGAACAAAAGAGGAAAUCUUAUGAUCGUAGAGGCUACACAAGCAAAUUGCAUCCUUGGUUAAACCAAUAUGUCCUUACUAACAAAGCCAAAUAAUAUGCGUAUACAAAUACUAUAACGGAUAAUGAUUCUGAGGAAAACGAUGAUGAAGAAAAUGGUAUAUACUAAUCAAGUGAGGAUGAUGAAGAAUAAGCCCAAUUGAGAGAUAACUCGUAGUCUAUCAGUGCCACUCAACACUUAAAUGACACUGAGGAUGAGGAUAAUAAUAGGAUCCCAAAGUAUAAGAGAAACAUAGCAAUACCUCAUGAGACCAUCAAGACUGCUGGAUUUGGAUAGCACAAAUAGGAGAGACAAUAGCAACAUGAUUCUCCUUAAAUUGAGGGUGUGAUUGCAGAAUCAAAGAAAUUGAUCAACACCUAUUAAGUAAAGCCUCCUCAAGGGGAUAAUAGAACUAAUCCUAAGACAUCCAAGAAGAGAAUUACAUUAGUUAAGGAGGCGGCACAAGAGGAGCGAUAAGGGUCUGAGUAAUUUUAGAAGACAUUUCGUUAAGCUACAAAGAAGAGAUCUAAAACGGCUAGAGGAGUCAAAGAUCACAGUUAAUUUACUGAUGGUUAUUUGAACCAAGAAGGUUAGUUGGCAGCGUAUUUUGAUAAGAUGUAGAUAUUUAGUUACUAUUUCCCUAUCAAUAAUUACGAUGUUAUUCUGAAACGCUAUGCCAGAAUUUAGAAAUAAUUCGGCAAGAAAAGAGUAUUCCCUGAUUCUUCCAUUUAUAGUUUUUUUAUUUUGACAAUAAAGAAAGGCUAUAAAUUGAGAAGACUUGGAGAGGAAUUAUAAAAUCGUGCUGGACCCUAAAAGUUGCCAAUAACAUCAAAAAAGCCACAUAGAAAAUCGAAACCAACUUUAUUGUUUGGAAAAGACUUUAUAAUGAAUAAUAAUAUAAAUGUGAAUUAUUUCUAAGAAGGAGAAUUCCAAGGACCAAAUCCUCAACUUCUAAGCAACAAGGUUGUUUUUUAAUAAGGAGAUAUUCAAGGAGAUAGCAGUAAAUCAAUUACUGUACCUGAAUAAUUUGUGAUUUAGUAAUCACCUGUACGAACUCCGAGGAAUAUGGAAAGGACUAAAACAAUGGGAGGUCGUAGAUCAGAAUAUUAAUCUGCCUACGAUCAGGAGGAUGUAGAAUCGAUAAAAGACAGCAAACCGUAAUUUCUAAGGUUAAUAAUUGCUAAAAGUUUGUAAAACAAUUUCAUUAAUAAUUUGUGGAAUCGAUCUUAUUUGAGGAAAUUGCAUCAAUUGACAAAGUAUUAGAUAGAAUAAUUGGAUGAUUUAUAAUUGGAAUAGGAAUCAUUUUCUAGUGUGGGAAAUCAAAAUACUAAAUCUUUUAUUUAAUCGUUGGCCUUUUGGAAAUUUAUUGAUGUCUUCACUCCUUAUAGUAAAUUUAUCGUGAUUUGGGAUGUGUUCUAAAUUUUGACUUACAUAAUGAUAUUCUUUUGGCUACCUUAUAAAAUAUCAUUUUAAAUAUAUUUCAUUAGCGAUUUAUUCGAGAUGGAGAACACCAAAAUUAUAGAGAUGCUUCUCCUAUCAAUUUUGGCAUUGGAUGUUGUAGUUGGCCUCAAUCUGGCAUUCAUUUACAAGGGCUAAAUUAUAAAAGACAGGAAGAAAGUAAUAAUAAAUUAUUUCAAUUAAUACGCAUUCGUUGAUUUGGUAUGA